AUGAUUGUGUCCAAAAGAAGCAAAUUGAACAAACUUGAGCGUGAGAAACCUCUCUUACCGUUGAUCGACGAGAUUUGCUCGGUGGACCAGUCGCUUUUGGCCCGCAAACUCCAGGAUAAUAUGAGAUGGGAAAAACCCACGGGUGAUUUGUUCGUAUGGAUCCGGGUUUUAAAUUUGUUUGAUGAUAUCUUCGCUAAGCAGAUUGCCAAAUACGGCUUGGACCAAGAUCUGCGUAAGCUCCGGGAAAUUGCUUCGGAAGACUGUGAGCUUUUGGUUGCUUGCUUACAAUUCACAGCCAUGCUCUUGGAUCAUUGCAAGAACCGCAGCAUCUACUCUAGCUCUGAGCGUAUCUAUCAAUUACUCGAAUCAGCCACCGUAGACGUGAAAUUGGCUGCGUUUGAGGUGGCUGUCUUUCUUGGAGAACGUUUUGUGCUCUCCAGUCAGAGCAAGCGGUUUGCUGUGCCCAAGGCGGUAAGAACAAAGGCCUUGGACGUUGCCAAAGCGUUUCCACCCCCAAUUCCUUCCAGUUUUCUACAGAAGAAGUCACAAAGCGAAGCAUCAAAUGACUCACAGAAAGACGAGAAGGAUGACCAGUACAGUCUAGUGGAUACACUCGAUCAUAAGAAGAAGUAUCCUUCUAAAUGGAAGGCGAUUCUGUUCCAAUAUUAUAAGGCAUCUAAAGCAGAACCCAAAUCGAAGGACAAAAAGAAGGACGCAUCAUCUCAGUCCGAAGGCUUGCUCACAUUCCAUUUGAACGAAGAGCAAGUGAGAAAAAUGACCUUGGAGCAGAUCUACGACAAGGCGAAUGAAGUUUUGCCCCAGGAGACAUUGCUCUCUUUCUCUUUGUCAGCCAUGAAUGCCAAAGCUUUCAACACCAGACUGUAUGAGUCCUUAAGAUUACGUGCUAAGCUUCUUCGAAUCAAGUGCUGCGCAAUUGCAUUCGUGUCCUCUGUCUGCUCCACGGAAUACACUUCCUCACUUUUGUUUGAGGCUGAUCCUUACACCUUGAGUUUCUUGGUUGAUGUCAUUUCGCCAGAGUAUUCACAUCUUGUCACUAAUGAUAUCUUCUACGCGGCUGUGAAGGCACUUGAAUCAAUUUCCAUGAGGCGCUUCUGGAAUACUGAACUUAUCCGUCAUUUGGGUGCCAAUGUCAGCCAUGGUAUGAUCUAUCAGCUAUUGAGACAUAUCAAUAAGAAGAUUAGAAAUGAGGACGACAACUGCUACGAGAAAGGUUAUCUCAGCUUCUUCACGCUCUUGGGAAACUUUGUGGACUCCAAACAAUUGACUCCAAGACUAGCUUCAGGAGGAAUGUUGAAUGAAUUGAUGUCUUUCCUCAACGUUCACACCAAAUUCAGGUGGACAUGUUCUGCAGCUGUUAAUACUAUUGCCAUUUUCCUCACCACAUCUCCGGAGUUGAUUUCAGAGUUCGCAAAUAACAACGGUUUUCUGAUGCUCAUUGACACUAUAAACUACGAGGUUCAGUUUGCAUUAGACAAUCCUGGAUUCGGUGGAGGUCCACCAAAAGACGUAAUUGUUUACUACACAAUCACCUUGAGACAGGCAAACUAUACCAGAAAUUUACUAAAGCUUGUUUCUCAUCUUGUUCAGUCAGAAGCUGGCGAUCGUUUAAGAAAUCUAUUCGACUCCUCCAUUUUGACUAGUUUCAACAAGAUCAUCAUGAACCCAUCAAAAUUUGGCCCAUUCGUACUUGCAUCAACUUUGGAUGCUGUAUUGUACAUCAUUCAUAACGAGCCAACUGCAUUUUCAAUUUUGCGCGAGGCUAAUGUCAUUGAAACUAUUUUAUCCAAUUAUGAGAACCUCUUCAUGCCAUCUCCUGAAUUAUUGAUGUCUCUUCUCGAAGUCUUGGGUGCUAUUUCCUUAAAUAAGGAAGGUUUGAAAAGUGUCACAGAAUCGAAUGCUAUCGGUGUUUAUUUCAAAUCUUUUUACAACGUUGACUACGCCCAAGAAUUAAUGCGCGCAGAUAUGAGUACCAAUAUUGGAUGCUCAAUGGACGAGCUAGGUAGGCAUUAUCCUAGUUUGCGUCCGGUGAUCAUGUUUGAAUUAAAGAAGCUUAUUCAGGAGUUCCCAAGUUUUGCCAACCAGCAUAUAAGACCAAUACAUUUCUAUGUGUCUGAAGAGCAUGGAAACUUUUACAAAAGUGCGGAUGAGGAGGUCCUCAUGAACGAAGUCGGCCAAGAUGAAAUCGAUGAUUGGGAAGGAAACAAAGGCUCUAAUCUUGUUGACAACGUUUUCAGUUUUAUGAGUGGUUUACUCCAAGACAGUGGUCAAUGGGGAAAAGAUUGUAUCCGAGAAAUCGACUUCCAUUCAUUUCAGAAUUUUGUUACUUUACAGAAUGCAACCUUUGAUUACCUGGCAACUGAUGGCAUGAUGAAUUUCAUGUCGAUCUUGAAGUACUUGGAUGAUGAAGAUCGAAAUUACGGAUUUCCUAAGAUACUCGAAAGUCUUGAUAAGCUCUUGCAAUCUGAAACCGCAUUGGCUUUCAUCAAUGACACUCUGUCAACUUCUUACUUCACCAGACUUGAUGAUAAUAUCACCUCUGCUAAUGAGAAGCUCAAGGAGUUCAAUGUUCUCGCCAAUUUACUUUUUACAAUCACAGAGAUUUACUUGACGCCCAACAUCAUGUUCAAUGAACGAUACUUGGCAUUCAUUAACUACUUCGAAGGAAAUGAAGACUUUGUUGACCGUUUGGUAAGAUUGUUUGGCCGUUCGACUACAGAGGAGAUUUUCAUCCGGUUCAAGUUGCCUGAUUCUAUAAUAGCAGGCACAGCCGCUGUUUUGGACAUCCCUCCCAACAACUGUCCCAUCCAAGUUCUCCCUUUGCAUUCAAAGUUGGACAAGGAUAAUGUUCCAAAAACAGCAAAAUUCAACAACACUCUCCAGUUGCGAUUCCUCAUGUACCGUUUCCAACUUAACUCUGCAUUCAUCCUUAACUGCAUCUCGAGAAGUUGCAUGCAAAGGAGACAGGACUAUUUCACAGAUGAAUGGAGAAGGAUUGCUGUUGUCUCCACCAAAAGGUUGGCUACCGGUCUUCAAGGUUUGUUGGAGUUUGGUAAGAAAUUGGCACCAGAAGAGGCAGACAACUAUGAGUUGCUUGUAAUUGAUACCAUUAAAUUCAUCUCCACGAGUAAGGAUAAGGGCAGAGAGGUAUAUUCGACUUCCCUAAUCCUGUACUUUUUCUACACUACCAACAUCGCUGAAGAUAUCGUGGAUCAUUCGAUUCGUACAUUCAACGAAUUACUCAAAGUGCCAUAUAAAGAAUUGAGCGAGUUCAAGGACACAGAAAGUGUGAAAAAUUCCCCUGUCUCCGUCAAACUUUCCCUUUUGAAAACGUGUUUGAAUUUCCUUGCUUUGUUCUUGACACAUGGUUUCGUUACCAAGCUUCCAUUCACAUUCCUCUUCUACGAUAAAGAAUACUGUGAACAUGAUCCCGCCAUAGUUGAAGGAAUCACUUCGCAGGCGGCUUGCCAGAUAAUGAACCUUAUUGUCAAUACACUUGGAUCCAAAUCCAAGCUUCUUCCAUCGGGUGACUUUUCGAUCUUUGAACUGUUUCCAUCUGUUAUUGCUGAGAAACUUGUAUUUUUAGUACGUCAAGUCUGGGCUCUUGAUCCGGUGUCUGACUUUUAUCCUCUUAACCAUAUGGCCAUGACACCUCCUUUAGACCAGAUUCAAUAUCUCACGGAGUAUUUGGGAGUCAAGAAACAAGCCGCCCUCCGCUACUUAAAGAGUGCCAAAUCUAUUUCAAAGAUGACAGAGAUGGAUCUGGAUGAUUUUGAAGAUGAUCCCGAAUGGCCAGAAUGUUUGGCAAAGCUUGCAUCCGUUGAUGACUUACCUCAAUUCAAACAUGAACCGGUGCAUACAGACGCUCGGGAACAGCUUCUUGCGAUAAAGCGUGGAGAAGGUGACCAAUUAUUCUCUUCGACCAUAUUGAAGUUGUGCUCAUUCACUAAGGAUGUUGAUAAAUCAAUUGCGCAAACUUUGAAGGAUAGAGGACUCAAUAAGACAGUCUAUGAUACUUUACUUGCUGAGAUAAAGUCCUUAUCUGGAUCAGAUGUUGAAAAAAAGAUUUCGAGAUUGAGAAGAUUAAUUUCUUUACUUGAAGUUCUACUUUGCCAUGAUCCUUUUGUCUCUCCAAGCAAGAUUCAUGAUGAAAAACAAGCAGCAUUUGAUUCUUUCCUAAAUUUCUUUGUUGAGGAACUUUCAAUGAAGCCAGAGUUAGCAGAUACCGACUACUUUAUGGCUGGUUUGAGUUUGAUUGAGCCUAUUCUCAGUCAAACUCCACCAUCUUUAUUGGAGGAUGUGAAACCUUAUUUUCCAAACCUUAAUGUAACUGAAGAAUUAAAGACUACCAUUUUGGAAGCUAUUUCUAAAUUCGAUCCGAAAGAGAACAUUAAGGCUGCAAUUGGAAUCUGCCGUUUCUUAUACCUUUUUGCCAAAGAUGACAAGUACAAGGUUCAAGUUGCCACAUCUUCUGUUUUGGAAACCAUAACUCUGAAGGUUUCUGUCUAUACCAAGUCAAAAGAUCACCAUGGUUAUAUGAUGCUUCAGAACAUUCUAAUCUUGGUAAACAGGGCAUGUUUCGAGAACAAAUCUUUGGUUGAUACGAUCAUGACAGCCGAGAUCGUACAUCUGAUGACGAAGCAUUCAGGAAAGAAAAAAGAAUUAACCAGGUUGUUGGACGAGACAAAAAAUUUGGUAAGCCGUGAUCCCAAUCAGUAUAUCGAAACAGCUUCAAAGCUCCUUCGUCUUCACAACUUCAACGGCAAGUCAGGCGACGUGGUGUUCCUUGUUGAUCAGAGUACGAAAAACAAACAAAAUGAAGAUGUUGAUAUGAAGGAUGCAAAUUAUACUCUGGAAAUCUUCCCUACUGGUCUAGUCCAUUUACUCUUAUCCCAAUUGAUGUCUUUAAGUAAGACUGACUGGGCUACUCUGCCAAUUCUUGAGGAUGAAAACGAGAGUUCCAACAAGAAAAAGAAGGACUUAUCAAUGGAGAUCCAUUUUAAAUCACCAAUUUUCGGUCAUAUUUGCGUGUUGUUAAAGGCACUCACUGAAUUGUUGGGCUCAUACAAAGAGGCAAAAUUGGAAUUUAUUACCUUUUCAAAGAAGAAUAUAGUGGAAGACAAGAACAAGCCUCGUUCUACAUCUUUGAACUUCUUUAUCCAUCAGUUGAUUCCAAGUCAACUUUUCGUUGAUUCGUCUCCAUCUGAAUACGAUAGAAGGGAAACUGUAUCUUCACUUUCGAAAAUUGCUUUGCUUGCACUUGUAUCGACCCCUGUUUUGCCAAGUGAUGAGGAGCCUGAUCCCAAAAAGGAAGAUGCAGAUAUGGCUAUCGUCAGGAAAUUCUUGGUGGGAAUCAUUUCUAAGAUCCUAAAAACAACCCUGUCGACAGUAACGAAGACAGUAACUUCAUACAGCAAACUUCAUGACUUAUUUGAUUUAUGCGGGUGCCUUCUCUCUAAUAAGUUCAAAGAAGUUGGCUAUCCCUUAUUGAGUAAGAAUGCUACAAAGGUGGAUCAGUUCUAUUUCGCCUCUGCAUUUAUUGACAAUCAGUUGCCAUGUCAGAUUUCCUCAGUUAUUGCUGAAUUAGAUUUGAACUUUCCUCAGGUUCAGCGGGUAAUUAAAGAAGGUCUUAAGCCAUUGGCAAGUUUGGCAAAGAUUAAAUUAGCUUUUGCCGAUAUUUUCGAAUCGAAUAGUCCUACCGAGAAGGAUGAAGAUGACAUGGAUGACGUCGACGACAAGGAAGAAAUUCCUGAUUUAUUCAGAAAUUCUACCUUGGGAAUGUAUGAUGUGGACCUUGAUACCGAAGAUGAGGAGAACUACUACGAUGAAGAGGGCCCACUUCAUGAAAUGCUUUCAGGCUCUGAUCUUUCAGAGAAUGAGUCGGAAAACAGUGGAUUGUCUGGUGAUUCAGAAAUUGAUUCAGAUCUUGAGGAUGACGAAAUGGAAGAAGACAUAGAAAGACAUCUUGAAGGUUACGAUAGUGAAGAUAGCGCAAACGACAUUGAAAUCAUCGAUGAGCUUGAAAUACAUUCCGGAAAUGAAUCUGAAUCUGAAAGCGACGAAGAAUUAUCGGACUUCUACGGAUUUGAUGAUGAAGAAGUAAGUGAUGAUGAACUCCUUGAUGAGGAGGAAGAAAUGGAAGAUGAUGAGGAAGAAUAUAAUGACGCCGAAUUGGAUGAGUGGUUGGAAGCCUUCGCUGAUGAAGAAGAGGGAAGCCGUGAUGAUCGCUUGUCUAGACUACAUGACCGAUAUGCAGAUGGCCAAGAUGAUGUUUCGCAAAUGGAUUACCUCUCUGAGAACGAAUCAGUUCCUACUGAGGAUGAAAGUAACUUCGAAGUUGAUAUGGAUGAUGAGGUCAUUGGGGAAGAUCCAAAUUCAAGAACUACUAGAGAGUUUGUAACUUCUUUCUUUGACGUUUUCCGUACUCUGCCAGUUUCGGGCUCACUUCUAGCUGAUCUCGCUCAACUUCGCGGAAAUGGUAAUAACCGCCCAUCUUUCCAGAUUGUCAAUCCAAGAUCGGGUGGUAGUUUCUUGCCUCGUUUUGAUAAUGCUUUUCAAGUUAUUCUCAAUAACAGAAAUGGGUUCUCGAUGAAGAAUUCGUUUGACAACAUGUACAUGAGAUCAACGAGCGAGAGAUGGGAAGAAGCCUUCUCGAUUUUUUACCAAAGUUUUCAAUCAAAAUUCCUUGAAGCAGUCGGAACCAAGAUUAUUGAAAACAUCUCAGGUGAUAGCUAUCAAAUCUACUUGAAGAAAGUUGAAGAGAAGGAACGGAUCAACAAAGAACGUCAAGAAAAAGCAAGAAAACGGAAGGAAGAAUUGAAGAGGAAGCGUGAUGAGGAAGCCACGCAGAGAGAGCUCGAGCAAGAGAACAACCCUGCACCACAGCGUGAGCCGGUCAUGCUUUGGAUUGGUGAUCGUGAAGUUGAUAUCAGCGGAACCGACAUUGAUCCAGAAUUUUUUGAAGCAUUGCCUGAAGAUAUGCGUCAAGAAGUAUUUACCCAACAUGUUCGAGAACGCAGAGCAAACGCAUCUAUCAACGAUAGCGAAAUCCGUGAAAUUGAUCCUGACUUCCUUGAGGCUUUGCCUGACUCCAUCAGAGAUGAAAUUUUGCAGCUGGAGUCAAUGACUCGCCGUUUCUCCUCUAACUCUGAGUUCCGUUAUGGAGACUUUUUCGAUGAGGAUCGUGAAGAAGAAGAGGAUGAUUACGAUGAGGAGGGCUAUAUGCUGGAUGCAUCUAUGGAACAUCCUGCUGAAACUCCAAUUGAACCAGAAGCAAAUAAGACAAAAAAGAAAGUGUUUGGUUCUCCAUUAAUCGAUAGGGCUGGUGUGUCCGGGUUGGUGAGGUUGUUGUUUGCCCCAAGAGCGGUCAAUCAAAGGAGUCAGAUUUACCUGACUCUUUUGCAAUUGUGCAAUAAUAGGGCUACAAGAACUGAUGUAAUGGGAUUACUUAUUGCUAUUCUUUAUGAUGGGCUCCACAGUCAAAAAUCCUUGGAGAAGAUGUUUGGCCAAGUUUCAGCUAGGGCUCUCAAUGUGAAACCACAGCAGAUUGACGUCAACAAUACCUUUCCUGUCGGAGCUACCCCGGUUAUCAUCGGAGUGCAAAUUAUUGAAGCUGUCUAUUAUCUCCUUGAAAAGAACAGUGCUUUACGGUUUUACUUUUUGACUGACCAUGAAAAUGCUUUCAUUAUGAAGAAGAAUCAACGCAAGAAUAAGUUGAAGGCACAAUCGUCACUUGAAGAAAGAUAUCCUAUUAAUCUUUUGCUUAAUCUUUUGAAUAACCCGCUACUUAAUCUGGAACACUUCUUCGUUGACUUGCUAGCCAAUGUUUUGCAUUUCGCAACCAGACCUUUAUUGCUCCUCCGUGAUACCACAAAGCAGCACCCAACGUCAUUUGAUACCAACUUUAUCCCUGAUAUGAAUAUGAGGUUAAUGGUUCGUAUCCUCACAUCCAAUGAAUGUGCUAAUACCACGUUCAGAAGAACCAUCAGCGCUAUGCAGCAUCUUUCAUUAUUGGAAAAUGCUCAGAAAGUACUUUCAGAUGAAUUAUCGGGGAGAGCAACGGAAUUGGGUGACAAAAUCAUCAAAGAUUUGAAGAGUUUGACGGCUAGGUUGGACGAUAUCAUCGAUUUGAGUGAUAAUAACAAGGAAAUAAGCAAGUUCACUGCGGCAAGUUCAGAUCAAUCUAAGCUACUUAGAAUCUUGACGGCCUUGGACUACAUGUUUGAAAGUAGGAACAAACAAAUCGCUGAGAAUCUGAAAGACAUCGAUGAGCUUAGAGGAUUAUACAAGCAUCUCAAACUUGGAAUGCUCUGGGAUGCACUCAGUGAUUGCUUAAGAGUCUUGGAAGAGAAUUCCAACUUGUUGACUGUGGCAACUGCCUUGCUUCCACUAAUUGAGGCCCUUAUGGUUGUUUGCAAACACAGUCGAGUGAAAGAACUCAAGAUCAAGGAUGUCAUGAAAUAUGAGGCAAAGAAAAUUGAUUUCACCAAAGAGCCAAUUGAGAGUUUAUUCUUUUCAUUUACAGAUGAGCAUAAGAAGAUAUUGAAUCUGAUGGUAAGGUCCAAUCCAAACUUGAUGAGUGGUCCUUUUAGUAUGUUGGUUAGGAAUCCAAAGGUUUUGGAGUUUGACAACAAGAAGAACUAUUUUGACCGUCAGUUGCAUGAACAAAACAUCAGCAACAACAAAUUGACCAUUAACGUCCGCCGUGACCAAGUGUUCCUCGAUUCGUACCGGUCAUUGUUCUUUAAAUCCGUUGAGGAAUUCCGAAACUCCCGCUUGGAAGUUAAUUUCAAAGGAGAAGCCGGAAUUGAUGCUGGUGGUGUUACAAGAGAAUGGUAUCAAGUUUUAUCCAGACAGAUGUUCAACCCAGACUAUGCAUUGUUCACGGCUGUUGCUAGUGAUGAGACUACAUUCCAUCCGAACCGAACUUCCUACAUUAACCCAGAGCAUCUAAGUUUCUUCAAAUUCAUUGGAAGGAUAAUUGGUAAGGCUAUCUUUGAUGAUUGCUUCUUGGAUUGUCAUUUCAGUAGAGCCGUCUACAAGAAAAUUUUGGAUCGUCCCGUAUCUCUUAAAGAUAUGGAAAAUCUUGAUUUGGAGUAUUUCAAGUCUUUGAUGUGGAUGCUUGAAAACGAUAUCACCGACAUCAUUACCGAAGAUUUUUCCGUCGAAACUGACGACUACGGCGAGCACAAGAUUAUCGAUCUUGUUCCAGAUGGACGCAACAUUCCAGUGACAGAAGCCAACAAGCAAGAGUAUGUGCGUUUGGUUGUUGAGUAUAGAUUGCAGACCUCGGUGAUUGAGCAGAUGAACAAUUUCAUUGCCGGAUUCCAUGAGAUCAUUCCCCGAGAUUUGAUUGCAAUAUUCGAUGAGCAAGAGCUUGAGUUGUUAAUCAGUGGGUUACCAGAUAUUGAUGUGAAUGAUUGGCAAAACAAUACCACAUACGUUAACUAUUCUCCGUCCUCUGAGCAAAUCCAAUGGUUCUGGAGGGCAGUGAAGUCUUUUGACAAUGAAGAACGGGCCAAACUUCUCCAGUUUGCCACGGGAACUUCGAAGGUUCCACUUAAUGGAUUCAAAGAGUUGCGUGGAGCCAAUGGAGGUUGCAAGUUUAGCAUUCAUCGAGACUAUGGCAGCACGGAACGGUUGCCUUCCUCGCAUACUUGUUUCAACCAAGUGGAUCUCCCCGCAUACGACUCGUAUGAGACGCUUCGUGGAUCGUUACUUCUUGCCAUUACAGAGGGCCACGAAGGAUUCGGUCUUGCGUAA